AUGGUUGAGUUUAUACAAAGCGAAACCAAUACAGUUUUAAAAUUUGAUUCUCACGAAAGAAGAUAUAUAAUGGGUAAAAACGGUGUUAUGGCUUUAAUUAAAGACUUUUAUUACGAUCCUUUUAAAUGGUCAGUUGUGAAGAGCGUGGGUUUUUUCACAGUCGGUAUAGUGAUCGCUAGCGAGUGCACCGGCUUAGAAGUGAUGCCCGCAGUGCCGCAAUAA